AUGGCCGACAGUCGGGAGCGCAUUCGUGGUCCGUCGCGAGAUGGACGCGAAUUCCUGACGAGUCCUCGCCAGGUCCUGCGUCGCCUCAUGCUGCUCUCGGAGGGACGACAGUAUCGGGAGGCGGCGGGAGUUGUCGGACGUCUGGGUCCAUCGGUGUUGCAUUCAGUGAUUGCCGAGCUGCCCAUUGAUCUGUUGCUGGAGCACUUGCCACACAGCGCAUAUCUGCUGGAGUCGUUCUACACAAGGUUGACCACGCUGAACACAACACCGAAACCGGAUGUGCCCAGCGAAACAGUUGCCUGGCAGCUGGUGCGCCUCUUUGCCAAUCCCCACGAGUCUGGCCUGAGGCAGCGCUGCUCCAAGUUGCUGCACGCCCUGGCUCAGUAUGAGCCGGGACUGCGUCAGACGCUGAGGGAGCGUCGGAGGAGCUUUGACAAUGCCGUUCAAGGCUUGGGAGUUCAUGGCCUGACCACAGAUGUCUCUGGUCAGUUGAUUUCCCUGCACGUGGCGCUGAAGACGGAGCUGCAGCGACACGUGGACACCUACAAGAUGGCCAUACACAAGCUGGAGGAGCUGAGCAUGGUGACUGUCAACCAGGAUCCGGCACACUCCUCCCAUCAGCGUUUGCUGGCCAUCAACUAUGGCGAUAUUCAACAGCGUCUAAUCGAUAACAAAACACUGCUGACCAUGUUGGAUAAGCCAGCCCUGAAGCAGCUCUACACCCUGGUCGAGAAUCUCAGCACACGUGUGGAGAACGACAAGGAUGUGUUGUCCUGUGUGGGCCAAGUGAAGCGUCUCGAUUCCCAAGCGCACAUUGAGAAGCGUCCGGCUGCCGGUCUCCUCAUGAACUUCUCUCGAGGCUGCGAGGUGGUGCUCCAUCUGAUGGGACCCGACAGCUUGCCACCCAGCCCAGUGGCAGUCAACAAAGCCACAGCAACAAGCACGGCAGCAAUCCCAGCAACAAUCACAGCCACUGGCAGCAACAGCAGCUGCAGCGAUGGUUAUCACUCGGAUGACUCGGCCAGUGAGGAUGGCAGCGAAAUGGUGUCACACUAUCGCAAUCUCUACAUCGAGAAUCGAGCGGACGCUUUGGAGGCAUUGGACAGCUUGCCACAGCUGAAGCAUGCGCACAGUCUGAAGGGCAAGAUACUUUUCUCCAUGAUUGUGCUUUCUUUUCGCCUGUGCCACGGCAUGCGGGAACGCAAGGUGCUGGAGGUGCGCCGUGUACUCAACUGCGCACUGGACAGCAGCAGUGAGACGACCCUCGCCCUGGAUCGAUCAGUACGUCAUCAUCUGCAUGAGACAACUGAUUGCUUUCCUCUGGGCGAGAUCGAGCGAUCCGUGUUCAACCAGGUGCUGUCAACGCUGCAUGAAUACCCCUGCCUGGAAUCAUGUCCUCCAUUAACGCACUUUGUCAGCGCCUGCGUGAGACUCGCUUGGCGCAUGAUCAAUCAGAAGGCGCCCUAUUAUCUGGAUACGGAUUUCAAUCUGGGCUUUCUGCGUCCGGAGAAACACGAACGUCAUCCGCAGUCGGAUCGCCGCUCGGAUCUGAUCAAGGCCUUCCUUUGGCCCGCCCUCAUGCAGAAUAAUCAGUGCGCCUUCAAGGCCGUUGUGGCCACCUAAUCACCUUACUCUAAUAACCUUAAGUCAAAUAAUUUGUACAUAAUUUAUCUUACACUUAAAGCCAAUAAACGAUACCCUAAUCCAA